CAACCCGAGCUGAGCCCCGUGAAUGGCGGCGUGCUUGCAGAAAGAAUCCCAUUCCCGAAUCCGCACUUCAAGCUGGCUUUCUAAUCGAUGGCCAGUGAUAUUUUAUUUUCUCCCCAAACAAUCCCAAUUUUUCUCGCCAAUCAUCCCAAAUACUCUUUGAAUUAUAUUCUAACUACCAAGAAGGCAUUAAAAAUGACAAUUUAAGGAAAAUACAUCAAUGAAAAUUGGUAUUGGCAUAUGGACAGCGUCAUAUCAACUGUGAGGGCUUCUUAAGUGAAGCUUUAGUUAUUCGGGGGAUUCUGUAUAAAUUCAAGAGUUUUGGUGUAAAAUUUCUGUUUUGAAACUGUAUGCCCACUCAGGUUUCUCCAGAACCUGAAGAAGAAGAGAUAAUGUCUUCAGAGAAGGGGCCAAUUGAUCAAAUGAAACCAUUUGGAGAGUAUGAUCGAAUCCGUAUUCCUGUUGAAAUGGUCACAAGGAAUUCAGCAGAAAGAGUUUCGUUCGUUCCAACUGAUUCGUCUGAUCAUGGAAUAGGAAUUUGCGGAUGGAUUCUGACUAUUUUGUCGAUGAUAAUUGCUGUUGCUACUUUUCCUCUGUCCAUCUUUUUCACCAUUAAAGUUGUACAAGAAUAUGAAAGAGCUGUUAUUUUCCGACUUGGACGACUGUUACAUGGAGGAUCAAAAGGACCAGGGAUUUUCUUCAUUUUACCCUGCAUUGAAAACUACACAAAGGUUGAUCUUAGAACCCUCACAUUUGAUGUUCCACCCCAAGAGGUCCUGACGAAAGAUUCGGUAACUGUAUCCGUAGAUGCUGUAGUGUACUACCGUGUACAUAAUGCUACUGUAUCGGUAGCAAAUGUCGAAAACGCGCAUCACAGCACAAGACUGCUGGCCCAAACAACACUGCGAAAUAUGCUAGGAACGCAUCAUCUUCAUGAAAUACUUGCUGACAGGGAAACCAUCUCAAACACUAUGCAGAACUGCUUGGAUGAAGCGACAGAUCGCUGGGGUAUUAAAGUGGAAAGAGUCGAAAUAAAAGACGUUCGCCUACCAGUUCAGUUGCAGAGAGCCAUGGCAGCAGAAGCUGAAGCUGCUCGAGAAGCUAGAGCUAAGGUUAUUGCCGCAGAAGGAGAACAGAAAGCAUCUCGUGCUUUGAAGGAAGCUGCUGAUGUAAUUGCCCAAUCGCCAGCUGCUCUUCAGCUUCGGUAUUUGCAGACCUUAAACACUAUUUCUGCCGAGAAGAACUCCACCAUCAUUUUCCCUUUACCCAUUGAUUUCCUCAGCCAGUUCUUGCCAUCCAGGCUUCAAGCAGCUUCUGAUUAAUCGUGAUAUUCCUUUUAUUCCACUUAAACGCUUUACGAUUCCAUCACCCAUUAUCGCGUCUGUUUUAUCCCACGCAUAUUCGAUGUUGUAAAAGUGAUGAUUGUGAUUUAGAAAUGCAUUCAUUUCAUUUUCGCUUCGGAAAUUAUUGGUUGUGGCGAAAAUUAGUUGUUAUUGUGACUCAGUUUUUGAAACAAUCGAUUUAUUGUAUUGGGUGAUCGACACUAAAAAUUUUAAUUUUGGCUGAAAUAUGUUCAAGUUAAAAAAUAAUAAUAAUAAGCAACAUUUGUAGUUUUUUCUGAUAACUUGAAGAUUCAUGAAAUACACUUACUGAAGGAAGGAAUCAUGUUAACCCUAUUAUCGUGCAAAUUUGCUGCCAUUUUAAUAAGUUAACAAGUGAAUUUAGAAGUUGAACUUUAAUAUAGUGCAAGCCAAUCAUUCAUUCACUCACGUGCCCGGUAACAAGACUCAGAUAUAUGGUUCAUUUUAGCAUCUCAUUAAGAUGGCAGCAAAUUUGCAUGAUAAUUUGGUUCAAAUCAGCCUCAGUCAUGAACCAAGUUUUCUAUCGGUGUUGAACAUUCGCAUUUUGCAAAACUGUUGUGAUUAUUUAUAUUAUGACAGUUAUUUACCAGAAAUUUUGUUGUAGCUUAUUAUUUCUGAAAAAAUUAAUUAUCAAAUAAAUUAUAGUUAUCAAGCAAUAAAAAUAUCGGUACAUAAUUUUUUUGCU